UAUUGCUAGAGGGCGCCCUCUUUUAUUUCGCCAAUCAUCAUCGUGGUAAGCCGGCUGUGUGGUCCACAGCAAAGAACACGCCGCGCGAGAACUGAGGAUCGGAAGAGGUGAUAGGAAUUUGAUGGAAGGCAUGGCUGAGUUUUCCUGCUUACAAUCACCUUCAUUUGUGGUUGACAUAAAUAAAGUGAAACAGAAUGCUCAACAAAUGUUGGAAAGAUGCCAAGAACUUGGUGUUAACCUCCGACCUCAUACAAAAACCCAUAAAACACUACAAGCAGCUGAGAUCUCGACUGGCAAACGAAAGCAAGGGCUUGUUGUAUCGACGAUUGCAGAAGCUAAAUACUUCAUCAAUGGUGGUUUUACUGACAUCAUAUUUGCCCAGCCACCAAGCCUGACAAAAGUACAGGUGUGUGCUGCCCUCGUCGAAAGUGUCUCAGAGUUCCAUAUGCUUAUUGAUAACGUGCAGCAUUUGUAUAUGCUUGAAGAUACAAAGUUAUUGAAUGGGAAGCAUUGGUCAGUUUUUCUUGAUUUGGAUUGUGGAUAUGGUAGGACUGGAGCAAAAUGGGAUGUGGUUGGAACGUUAGAAUUAGCUCGUUUGAUCCACCAGUCAGAAUCGGUAGAUUUUUCUGGAGUUUACGUUCAUGAAGGCAAUUCAUACUGCCAAGGGUCUGCUAAUGAGGUCACAAAUAUCUCUGAAUUGACAACCUCAAGAUUACUCGAGUUUACAGACAAGCUUGAAUGUGAAGGCAUUCCAUGCCCUGUAAAAACAAUGGGAUCAACACCAUCAUGUAGCCUGCCAGCUCAAAUAAUGAGUAAAAUAACAGAAUUUCACCCUGGAAACUAUGUAUUUUAUGAUUUGAUGCAAUAUUAUAUUGGCUCGUGUACACUUGAUGAUAUUGCCUGCAGUGUGAUAGCAAGAGUUAUUGGUCACUACCCUGAAAGAGGCCAUAUGAUAAUGGAUUGUGGAUGGACUGCACUGGACAAUCAAAGUGAAAUGUCAAAGUGUGUUACUGGACAUGGUUAUAUUGUUGGUGAGCCAAACUUAAGAAUUGACUCCAUGACCCAAGAGCUUGGGAAGAUUUCUGCCAUAGCUGGUAAACUUGAUUAUGAAAAGUACCCAAUAGGAACUGUACUUCAGAUUUACCCAUGGCAUGCCUGUGCUACAGCAUCUCUGCAUAAUGUCUACCACAUUGCAUCGGAUGGUGUCAUCAUUGACAAAUGGAAACCAGUCAGAGGGUGGGUGGAGUAGACUUCUCCACAGCACAACAAUCUAACCAUGAUCUAACAAAGCCAUUGAUUGUAGUAUUGAAUAUUGUUGGAUGGUCCAAUAUUUUAUUUUAUUUUUUAUUGAAAUAGACAAGCCCAGAAUUUUAAUAGCGAACAUCGCUGUCUUGUAUGAAACGUGGACUUUUUUUUCAUUACUAAAAAUUAUUUAACUGUCUAUGACUUAUGAAAACAUUGAUAUUUUCUUUUUACAGUACUUUAGAAUGUAGGUUAUAGUUUAAGUUUGUAUGUUAUUGUUUCAUUGUUUUAAAGUACUAUAUACAUUUUUUCAUUAUUAUAAUUUAAAUAUACUUAAUUGUGUCCUCUCUAUUUUUGAACAAGCCACUUAGGGUUUCAUGAGGGUUCCUUUUUGGCACUGUUCUCAAUUUUGUUAAUUUUAUAUUGAUGGCUAUUUUGACAAAUAAAGAAUUUUUGUAUCUGUAUUUACUUGCUGUUGCAGUAGAUCAGAAAGACAUUUUUUUUCGAAUACUAUAAUAAGAAAAGUAAUUAAUAUGGUGUCAGUAUCACCUGAAUGAGUUCAACAUGUACAGUUGUAGGCUGAAAAUGAUGAAUAAUUAUUACUAAAUGCAGGGAAUUGAAGUUUAAUCAGUCUCAGAUCUUGUUCAAAGGUACAUUCAUACUGAAUUGAAUUAUAGCUUUAACAUUCUAUCAUCAAUUACAAAAUAGAUUUUUAUGGAGAUAUAUAAAUAUUUUAAAGUAGAGAAUUAUUUUUUAAAUCAAAGUUUGUUACAUAAUUCAUUGAUAAAAUUCUGUGUUCAUUGAUACAAUUUGAAUAAAAUGAUUUCCUGCAAUUGCAAAACCAAA